AUGGUUGCCUCAUCGAACUCCACCCUCGAGCGCGAGGAUCACCAGCGCGAUGCCGACUUUAACAAGGCCAUGCACGGCUCUUCAGCCCAGGCUCGAGGUGGUGUUGCUGCUAUGUUCCGCAAGGGCGGUUCUGCUAAGCAGGCUGCUGUCGACGAGUAUUUCAAGCACUGGGAUAAUAAGCCCGCCGAGAACGAGACUCCUGAGGAGCGAGCUGCUCGUCAAGCCCAAUACGCCACUUUGACCCGACACUACUACAACCUUGCCACCGAUCUCUACGAAUACGGUUGGGGUCAAUCCUUCCACUUCUGCCGAUUCUCUCAGGGCGAGCCCUUUUACCAGGCCAUUGCCCGUCAUGAGCACUACCUUGCUCACCAGAUUGGUAUCAAGGAGGGCAUGAAGGUCCUCGACGUUGGUUGUGGUGUUGGUGGUCCCGCUCGCGAGAUCGCCAAGUUCACAGGCGCCCAUAUCACCGGUCUCAACAACAACGACUAUCAGAUUGAGCGAGCCACCCACUACGCCUUCAAGGAGGGCCUGUCGAACCAGCUCGACUUUGUCAAGGGUGAUUUCAUGCAAAUGUCCUUCCCUGACAACAGCUUCGAUGCGGUCUAUGCCAUCGAGGCUACCUGUCACGCUCCUACCCUCAAGGGUAUUUACAGCGAGAUCUUCCGAGUGCUUAAGCCUGGUGGUGUUUUCGGUGUUUAUGAGUGGCUCAUGACCGAUGAGUAUGACAAUGACAACCUCCGCCACCGUGAGAUUCGAUUGGGUAUCGAGCAGGGUGAUGGCAUCUCCAACAUGUGCAAGGUCUCCGAGGGUCUUGAUGCCAUCAAGGACUCUGGCUUCGAGAUGCUCCACCACGAGGAUCUGGCAAUGCGCCCCGAUGCUCUCCCCUGGUGGUGGCCCUUGUCUGGCCAGCUCAGCUACAUCCAGUCCGUUGGUGACAUUUUCACCAUUGUCCGCAUGACCACCUGGGGUCGAACCAUUGCCCACAACCUGGCUGGUCUCCUUGAGACCUUCAAGCUCGCUCCUGCAGGAACCAAGAAGACUGCUGACAGUCUGGCUCUCGCUGCAGACUGCCUGGUCGCUGGCGGUCGGGAUCAUCUCUUCACCCCCAUGUACCUCAUGGUGGCUCGCAAGCCUGCUGCGUAA